AUGGCUUCUCGAGCCAUCAGAGAUGCCAUGAUGGCUGAUCUCGGCAAUUCUCGACUGGAAGAACUAGCCACGGAUGGUGUCGAAAGUCAAUCGCGUCCUCGUCUACCUGCUGCCCAACAGGGCGGCCAACACGCUGUUAACCCCGCGGCUGCAAAUUGGACCAGUGCCUGGGCCGAGGGUAUUUUUGACGAUGAGGAUGCACGAGCGGUCCGGGGCCUUGAUCCUUUAGACGGCGGGAACGCACACCGUCUCAAUAGAGCCGCGACUGGGCAGAAGGGCGGCGCCAGUGACCGAAAAGCCAUCCAUGUGAUGGUGGGUAGUGCAAUGGUGAACGUCGUACCCCGGUACGACCCGAGGAUGCCCGGGUACAGCAAGGGUCGGCGCAACCAGAAUGCCGACAACGGCUUCACCCGAUCCUCGCUUGGCGGCCUCGUUCCACCUGGAGCAUCGGUCAAAAGGUGGGGUCCUAAACAAUCGCUGUCUUCGCCGACCCCUACUGCCGCGAGUGAGCCUGUCCUCACCACCCCUGAGGUCUCGAGACGUUUUAACGGGGACACGGCUGAGGACCAGAUUCUCUAUUCAGCAGAGGGAAUUCACGUCACGCUUACCGUCGAUGCAAGCUCUCAGUGUCUCCCUGGCAGGAUCACUCUGUAUUCGAGGCACGGCGGAGCUGUUGUAAUCUGGGAGCUGAGCACCGACUCCAAACAUUCUAGACGGGGUGAUAUGCGCCUGGUUCUGUUGCCCCUACACUCGGGGUGUAAAGUGCACCUGCGACGAUGGGAAGACAUGGAGCAGUCCAAAUUGCAUUCAAGCCUUAUUGUGUUUGAUAAAAUCCCGGAUGCAAUAAAACUCGUCGAGAUGAUCGAAAACUAUUGUGGCCGGCCGAUCGAAUCCAGCGUGCCUGUCUUCAAGGAGACCACGGUCGAUACGUUCGGCGCUACUGAACCCGCGAACCAACCCCAGGCAGGUACGUACGACGAGCCCUUGGGUUUGAUCAAGGUGGAUAAUCAAUCCGCACACGACAAGGCACCUGAGGCUAGACAGAACGAACCGGAUGAACAAGCCAAUAGCGAGUUGGCGGGUCCGAUCGUGCCCAAUCCACAUGACCCGACGCCUAUGUUAAUGUUCGUCCUUUCCCAACUCGACGUGAUCGAGGCAACUCCUCUGGGAGUUUCUCUGUCUCAAGACUCCCUGCAAAUCCUCUCUACAGUCACAGAUCAAGAGUAUAAGCGCAUGACCACGGAACGAGAUGCCGUUGUACAAUACCUCGAGGAUCACGGAUUGAAUGUCCCGAGGCCCAAAGAGCAAGCCGCUGCACAAGUGGCAGCUAGUGAACUGCUGCGCUAUGAUGCCUUUAAAGCUUUGGAUUUAGAAGAGCAGAGAAAGUCGACUGCAUUCGUCUAUACGAACAUCGUGCACGGGGAUACUCGAGUCGUCCGUUCCCCGGAGAAACUUGUUGGCUUGCGAUCGUCUGCAUGCUCUUGCCCCGGUGAAUUACGUCGCUUCGGACUGGCUCAUCCAGGUGUUGUGGUCGGUCAAACCCCCACCAAGAGUCAGAAUUUGAUCUCAACACAAACGCCGGAGGAUCAUGCCGAGGAGAAAGGACCUAUCGAGGAAGAUUCGACUAGUAACUUCAUUGCUCUUAUAAACAAUCGCUUUGGCAAUGGCUCAUCCGGAUCUCGUAUACCCCCGCACUUACGUGGUAUGUCACCAUUUGGCUCAACUAUCAAGGGCAUGCCCGGUCCGACACAGGGGACUUAA